AAAUUUCUUAAUAUCAACAAAAACAACCAAAAAUAUAAGAAGAAAACAGAGAGAGAAUCAAAACAAAGAAGAACAAAAAUGGCGUAUCGGAGAAGACAAGGGAUCACAAGAGCUUCAACAUUCAAAGAAGACAUCUAUCAUCAACCACCAGAUCACGAUCACGGUGAUCUCAAAGGUCACUCCAAUGGCGGAUCCUUCAGAUCUUCUCAAUCUUUCUCUUCUCAUUCAUCCCUUGCCGCUCAAGCAAUCCGUGCCUCCUCUCAGGCUCAAGGAUUCACGGCUUACGAAGAUAAGAGCGAGAGUCGUGGAUUCUGGGGAAUUCUAGCUCAGAAAGCUAAAUCAAUCCUCGAAGACGAAGAAGAGCAACAACAACAACAACAACAAAACGACCUCGUUUUCGAACCCUCGAAUCCAACCAUACGCAAAAGCAUAGAUAAGAUCACAACGUCUCUGAAUCAUAUCGGAGAUAGUUUCGAGAAAGCGUUCGAGGAAGGUCGUACGAUCGUAGCUUCACAAAUCAGACGAAAAGGAUCUGACCUAAUCGAUUCAGACAACAACAAUUAUAACCAAUCCUCUGGAUCAAGCAGUCCAUGGCAACCAUUAACACAACCAAACCCACAUGAGUCUCAACUCAAAGCUUCACGUGAUGUAGCCAUGGCUACAGCAGCUAAAGCCAAGCUUCUCCUCCGUGAAUUGAAAACAGUUAAAGCCGAUUUAGCAUUCGCUAAAGAACGUUGUUCUCAAUUGGAAGAAGAAAACAAACGGUUAAGAGAUAACCGAGAUAAAGGUAACAACAAUCCAGCUGAUGAUGACCUAAUUAGGCUUCAGCUAGAGACAUUAUUGGCAGAGAAAGCGAGAUUAGCACACGAAAACUCGAUCUACGCGAGAGAAAACCGAUUCUUGAGAGAAAUCGUCGAAUAUCAUCAGUUAACAAUGCAAGAUGUUGUUUAUAUAGAUGAAGGUAUAGAAGAAGUUGCUGAAGUUAAUCCUUCAAUCACUAGAACGCUUUCUAUGGCUUCGUAUUCAGCUUCUGAAUUGCCAUCGAUCUCGCCUUCGCCUUCUUCCCCUGCUUCGCCUUCUCGGCUUUCGGUUUCUACCGACAUUUAUCCGGUUUUGGUUCAGCAGAGUUCGGCUACUGAUGUUGCGGUUGAGAGUCCUAAACCGGUACGACCACCUUCUUUGGGGUACACAGAUGAUGGUAAGAGACAAUCGUCACAGCUACCAUCGUCGCAGCUCUCUGUUUAGAAUUGAUGACAUUUUACUAUAUAUCAUUUUGAUUAUGUCUGUUUCGAAAUUUUUGUUGUUAGUUUUGAUAUUGAUUAAUAACUUUGACUUCACUUU